AUGGUUUUCGAAGACAAAAGCAGUGAGGACACAUCCACCCUGCCGUACAUGCACUCGACCUCAUCCACGGGCGGGCUUAACCAGGUCCGUUUCAGCAUUGAAGAUCCAGAUUACCAGGAGCUUGAGCUGGAAACGAUGUCGCCAUGUGAGAAGCACGGCAAGGAAGGGCAGAAUUGUGGAUUUGUUGAAUGGGUUGAUCACCAGUGGCCCCCAGCAAUGCAAAAUGCAUUGCUGAAGCUGUGGGCAAUGGUUGAAGAUAGCAAGAGUGCUAGGGUGAAUGAUAAUCUUGAAAGUUCUUUCACUAUCCACCAUCUGACAGAAGAGAAGAACAAGCUGGAGGCCAACUAUGACAAGCUAGUCCAAGAUGUGCAUGAGCUUAUGAGCUUCCAGGAGGAGAUGGUGGUGGAUUUCAGAUAUCUGCAGUCUAGCAUUUCAUAUCAGCAGCAAUGCAGAAGUGAACUGGUGGCUGAUAUGAAGGCACAGAUGCCAAAGAAAGAUGCAGAGUCUGAGAAGCUUAAUCAGAAGUAUGAAGUGCUACUGAACCUGACAAGAGCUCAAGCAACAGUCAUCCAGAACCUGAAUUUGAAGCAUAUUACAGACAAGCAAUUGCUUAGUGAAGCUAAGAUGAACUUGGAGUUGAAGAAUGCAGAGCUCACAAAGUCUGAGGAGAAGCUCACCCAAGAUAAGCUAGAGUUCAAGUUUCAGGUUGCUGGUUUGCUUAAGGGAAAGGAAAAGCAUGGUGAAGAGAUGGGGCAACUAGAGCUUCAGAUUGCUGAGCUGAUCAAGGUAGAGGAGAAGCUGAAGGAGAAAAUCAAGGGGAUCCAGGCCAUCAUAGAGAAGUGA